AUGGAUCAACCCAUAAAUUUAAUUUCCGCGCUACUUCAACCCACUCCCAACGAGUCUAUCCGCAAUACUCUCAAUACUUCUCGACCUCUCAUCACUCAUCUGAAUGCAGACACUACAUGGCUUCUUUCGAUACCGUACCCUAAAACAGCGGAAACCUCGUUCAAUAAAGCAUAUUAUCACAUAUUGAUUGAUCCAUGGCUACGCGGUGGCCAAAGUGAUGUUGCUGCCUUCUUCAGUCAACAAUGGCAUGCCAAUCCCAGCGCAGUGCAAAGUAUCGCCGAGAUUGAAGAGUUCAUCAAGAGUAUUGAGGAAGUUGCACUGGAAAAGGAAAUCGCAGGCGAUGGAGGCUGGAUUGAUGCAGUGGUGGUGAGCCAUGAAUUCACAGACCAUAUGCACAAGGACACUUUACUCGAAAUUCCAAAUACCAUUCCGGUUUUUGCAACUGCGAAGGCUGCGGUGGCGAUAACAUCUUGGGCACAUUUUGAUCAUGUGGAAGAGAUAUGUAGGUUUGAUGGUGAUUGGAAAGAGUCUUCUACAGAGUAUUUACCAAAUUGGGUGGGUAUAUCGAGAGUGGCGAAAGCGGGUGUGGAUUUGCUCUAUUAUCAUUCUGCUAUCAUGAUUACAUUCUCGACAUUUUCGGAGAGGAAUAUUUCAGAUGAAGAUGCGAAUGGCGAUAUACCUGAAGCUGUGAUAUAUACACCUCAUGGAAUCGACCCUGGAGAUCUUACAUUGGUGGGAAAUGCUCAACCGCCUAUUCAGACCCUCGCGUUAUUACAUGGAUUGCAGGACAUUUCGUUACCUCGAGCACAAUUGAAUAAAGGGGCACACAAUGGAUUUAAGGUUCAAAGGUUGUUGAAUGCGAAGUACUGGGUUGGUACGCAUGAUGAGGUCAAGGUGGGUGGAGGAAUUGUGAGCUGGUUUUUGAAUCGUAAAGUUGUGACGCUGAAGGAAGCGUUGGAGAGAGAAGCCGAGGAGAAUGGCGAGAGUGGUGAUGUAGAAAAGGUAGGGGAUAUUAAAUUUUUGGAAGUGGGAAAUGGCGAGAGCUUAAUUUUGAUGUGA